UCUCUGACAAGACUGGAGUGUAAUGUUUAUCUCCUGCACACUGCAAUUGAAGGGUUUCCACAUUAUCCACAUUUGUACUGAAAUGGCACCGGUUGUGUCCAUCGGAUCUUUGGCAUCAUAUGUGACAGGCUUAUCUCGUGCUCUACAAAGAAAGGGGAAUUUGGUGGAGGUUAUAUUACCAAAGUACGCUAACCUGAAACUAGAUGAAGUGCAAGGGUUGCGGGAAGUUGAGGCAGAUUUUUAUUCAUAUUUUAAUGGUCAAUUGCACUCAAAUAGAGUUUGGUCUGGUGUAAUCUAUGGCAUUGGGGUUACUUUCAUACAACCUGUAUACUAUUCAUCAUUUUUCAGCCUUGAGAGGGUAUAUGGCUAUUCAAACGAUUUUGAAAGGUUCACCUAUUUCUCUCGUGCUUCAUUGGAUUAUAUAGUGAAAUCAGGAAAGCAGCCUGAUGUGCUGCAUGUACACAACUGGGAAACUUCAAUUGUUGGGCCACUCUUCUGGGAUGUUUUUGUUAAUCAGGGACUUGGAGCUACUAGAAUUUUGUUGACAUGCCAAGGCUUUGGUUCUCAGUGUCUUGAGCAACCUGAUAAGCUAGCACUAUGUGGACUUGAUUCUUCUAGACUACUCCGUCCUGAUCGUUUGCAAGAUAACAGCAAGCCUCAUCUUGUCAACAUUUUAAAGGGUGGAGUUGUUUACUCAAAUAAAGUCAUAAUAAUGUCAUCCAUGCAUUCCAAAGACCAGAUUAUUUGUGGCUUGAGUCAUGGAUUGGAGCCCACCUUAGCCAUCCACAAGGACAAAAUACUGGGUGCUCCUUAUGGUUUUGACCACUCAACCUGGGAUCCCUCCAUGGACCAAUUUCUGCCACAAAGCUACUCUGUAGAUAAUAUGAAGGGAAAAGCUGUAUGCAAAGUUGCAUUGCAGCAGCACUUGGGUUUACCCGAUAAUUCUUCUAUCAUACUUGUUGGAUGCAUAUUUUCAGAUGUUUCAGAUAUCGAUCUGGAGAACCUCAAAAGACUUGUUUGGAUUGCUUCCAGGAGAGGUGUUCAGUUUAUCUUCAUGGGGGUUGGAAAAGUUCCAGGCAUAAACAGGGCACUGGAAUCCUUUCAGGAAGAACUCAAGGACGAGAAUGCUAGAUUUUUAAACAAACAUGAUGAAGCGUUGUCACAUUUAGUCUUUGCAGGAUGUGACAUUAUCUUGUGCCCUUCUUUCGAUGAUCCAGUGCUCCAUGUACCGCUCAAGGCUAUAAAGUACGGAGCCGCUCCUGUUGCAGUAAAUUUUGAUGACAACAGAUUCAGGCAUUUUCGUGAUCAUGGUUUCGAGAGCACCAAAUUCUCACUGUACAUCAGCAAUACCUUUGCAAAUGUGUCGUUAAGCCAAGCGAUUGAUGAAAUUAAGAACAACCCAUCACAAUGGUAUAGAAAGAUAAAGGAGGCAAUGACAAAGGACUUCUCCUGGGAUGCAGAGUGCUGUGACAUACAUGUUUCUGCAUAUGCAUCCGUAAAAAAUUUGUGAAGCUUCACAUGUAAAUAGGUAUAUACUGUUGUGUUCACGAAAGUGGUUAUGUACCUGCACUGUUUAGAAGGGGCUUUGUUUGUCCAUUAUUUAUUUUUGUGAAAGACUUCAAAUAAAAAAAAAAAUUGUGAAAACUUGAGAGUUUUUUUUUUUGUAUUUACUUGAAGGAUUGUAGUUUUCUAAACUUUAAAUGUAUACCUGCCUCAUCCUCUUCUUUUUUUUCUUCCCU